AUGCCGCCUCCCACCAAGCUUCAUAAACACAUCCUAUGGGACGAAUUUCGCAUAAUCUCGAUUAAUUAUUGCCAGCCACGGACCGCUAGUACCAUGACGCCAUUUCUUGACCCAGAUGCUCUGAGCAGCCUGCAGACGGAGGCCUCUAAUGUGCUAGCACCAUCUAUUGACGCCCUGGAUACUCUCGGGCUUUGCGAGGCUUUCAAUCGUGAAGAGUCACAAGUCUCUCCAUCGAUUGCGUGCUGUCUGCCUACCAUUGCAUCAUUCAUCGAGGAUCUCGUCCCUCGCUUACGCGUGGGCGGCAGACUCAUCUACGUCGGCGCGGGCAAUAGUGGCCGAGUAGGCUUUAUGGAUUGCAGUGAACUGCCCGUCACAUUUUCAACCGAUGAAGAGCAGUUCGUCACACUGGUAGCCGGAGGAGACCACGCUAUCCUCAAGGCUCAAGAAGGGGCAGAGGAUUCUGAGCAAGAUGGGUCAACCCAGCUCGAGGCACUACGAGUUACAACCAAAGACACCAUCAUAGGCAUCUCAGCAUCUGGACGCACACCGUUCGUUCUUGGUGCAUUGAAAUUUGCUCUGCAGUGCGGUGCUCUGACAGCCGCAAUCACCAACACCUCACCGUCUCUGCUAGAUCUGCUGUGCGUCAAUCACUCAAUCACUGCCCUAGUCGGCCCUGAAUUCAUUACCGGGAGUACUCGACUGAAAGCGGGCAGUGCAGCAAAACAAAUUUUGAACAUGAUCAGCACUUGCUCAAUGGUCAAACUGGGCAAAACCUAUAUGGGCCUUAUGAUUGAUGUACGUGCAAAAAACUACAAACUCCAGGCUCGCGGCCGGAGAAUCAUACGACAAGUAUGCGGAAUCCUCCAAGAUAGAGGACAUGCAUUACCGAAUUCCAAUCUUAUUCAAAAAGAUAAUUCAUUGAAUGUCCUGAUUGCGAGCUGUGGGGGGAAUGUCAAGUUAGCAUGUGCUGUAAUAGUAUCUGGUCUCGCGCCAGAUCAUGCAAAGCAGCGUCUUGAUUCUGUGGACGGGAAUUUUCAAUUGUUUGUUGAGGGAUUUUUGAUUCCAGCGCCCAAUCCGUAUGGGAGAACUGUAUCUACGGGUGAUGAAUUCUUUCUUUCAAUUGAUGGCGGAGGAACCAAAUGUGCUGUUUCCAUCGCGACAAGCACUAGUGUCGUGGCGCAAGCGCAUUCUGGUGCCUGCAAUUUCCAAAGCGUUCCAAUUGAUGAUCUUCUUGAUCAAAUAACAAUUGCCACAGCAGAGGCAGUCACACGCAUACCUCAGCAGUAUCGAAACUCAUUCAUCGACAUGCCCAGAUUCACUGCGGUGUGGGCUGGCAUAGCUGGAAUACAACAUGCACAUCAACGAGAAACCCUGAUCUACCGUCUCGAGAAAUUGUUCAAAAUUUCCAUUAAGUCUGGAGCCCUUCGGUUAACAAGCGACAGCGCGCUCCUUGGUUCCUGUAUUGGCAUUGAUGAGUCUGUCGAAUCCGGCAUCUCCGUUAUUGCAGGCACAGGGAGCGUCGCCACGGCAUUCAAAAAGGAUUCGAAGGGCGAGGUGGCGCAGAUCGGAAGAGCCGGUGGCUGGGGCCCUCUUCUUGGUGAUCAAGGAAGCGCCUUUGAUAUCGGUAAAAGGGCAUUACAAUCGCUUCUGACUAGCGUGGAGCUGACUCAAGGAACCGAUAUGCACUGUCUCACAGAGCUAGAAUCGGAAAUCCUGGCAACCAUGGGGGAUGGAAAAAACGAGUUGCUCAAUCGCAUUCUUUAUUCCAACAUACAACCAAAACAUCAUAUCGGCGAUCUGGCGAAGGUCGUGACUAGGCUUGCAUUCCGAGAUCACAGUCCAGAUCCUCAGGCAUUGGAAAUUCUCACGUCUGCGGCUAGAUCGGUAGUCCAGUUAAUCAAGCCGCUGGCUAAGAAGCAGAUCUGCGAUCCUAGUAUCAGCUCUCUUGUUUUAUCUGGAGCCUUGAUGAAUAUUCCCGAGUUCCAGGCCCUUGUUCUUGACGAACUAUCGAAACAGCAUAUCCCCUCGUUCAAAAAUAUUGUUGUUAUUGACAACGUCUCGUGCUGUGCAGCCCAGUUUCUUGCGAGACGGGAGGCAAAGGCAAGAAUUUAG